UUACAUUUUAAUAAGUCAUUGCCAUGCAUAUGGAUCUCAUUCUCACAGCUUAAUUUGUCACCAUGUGGUUCAAUUACAUAACAGUGCACUUUUAUAUUAUAACGGUGUCAGAAGAAAAUCUCGUACCUCCAUUUUUGACGUUUUUCAUUUUUUGACAUAAUUUGAAAGUACCUGUUACCCUUUACAUUGUAUGUCAAUUUUAUGAUGAAUGGACUUAAAGAAACAACCCAGAAUGACUCGGAAAAAAGUCAGAUUCCAUUGACUUCCAUUAUAAGUAAAGCAGGUUAUUUCCUUCUCCUGUAAAGUGACCAUUUUGGAGAUAGGAGGUUUUCUUCCAGUGAUAAGUGUUUAAUAGGUUUCGACAGAACUUUUAGAACCUGAUCAUUUAUAGAGAGCCUGUCGACAACAGCAACAACCAGCAAGCAGCAACUUCCAUUAUUUUAUUCAUUUUCUUUUACUGGUUUAUUUUUCUUCCUGUUCCUUUUCAAACACUUCCAACUUGUUUGUAAAGCUAGACUUUCAAAGUAUUGUGAUGCAUAUGGUCUGUCAGGAAAAUUACACCUAUUUUGGCCUUAUUAUCCACCUGAUUGCUGUUUUUUCUGUAAAUGAUCUUUCAGCCUGAUUUAAAAUGCACUUACUGAUGUUGUGGUCAUUGUUCUCUGACCGCAAAGAUCAGAUUCCAGUGUUUAGAUGGACGGAUUGGAUUAAGGUUAGGCCGGCCUGCUGGCUUAGCUGUGUUCCUAAAAGGAGUCAUGUGACACUUGUUGCUGAGGCAACAGCUACUGUGGAAACCUGUGACAUAAGCAGAGUUCUGCUUCAGGAUCCCGCCACCUGGGGUGUCUCCACCUGUGCGCAAUGGUAAUAACAGGGGAGUUUAGAGCAUCUACGAGAAUUCUGCAACUUGCUCAGCACAAGGAAUCUAAAGCCAUAUGGGCCACCACACCUGGUACAAAGCUGACCUGGGGGAACCAGGAGUCAAUAUGGCCGCUGUCCUUGGCGGCAUUGCACGCCGUUCCGACUCAGAGGAUUGAAGCUUUGGCCCUACACAAAAAAGACUUUUCUUCAUUCUAUCAAGAGCUGCUUAGGAAAAGGGAGGAGGAAAGAGGGUCGACGAAGACCACCCACCCUUCCUCUCGCGAGGCACAAUACGAGCAGGCUGUCCGCCUUGCAACCCCCAAGGCCCGUACCAGGAGCUCCCAGGAAGUGAGCCCUCCUCAUACAUUGUGGUGUGAGUACAGUUGCCCUGUGUGGCACAUCAGCCCUGUGGUGCAGAACCCUGUCGUCUCUCCACGUGUCCUCCAACUCGCCCGCCCCAAAACUACGCACCCCGACUUCAGGAGCAACCGCCAGACAGUAGAAACACACGUAUCAUAUGCCUCAAAAACAGCUCGGACCACCCCCAGACUGGAGCAGUUGUGUUUGCCCAAACUCCGAGAGAGCAGCCUGUUCUACCAGCGCGGCAAGCCGGAGAGCCCCAUCUGGCCUGUGUCCAGAGGAGCAAAGAAGGCCACUGCAAGCGCUCGUGUGAGAGAACUGUCCACUCCAAAGACCCUCUCUAAGGACUACAUCCCUCCACGAGACCUGCGCUGCCUCUGAGCCAGAGAGAGAGAGAGAUAGAGGAAAGAAAGAUAGAAAGAGGGAUAAAGAUGUAGAUACAAAGGGAGAGAGAGAUAAACAGAGAGAGAGAGAUAAGAGGGAGAAAAAGAGAGAG